AAAGGAAUAAGUAGUGAAGGAGCAACUGAAAAAGUUGCAUCUUCAGAGAUAUCGGAAUCAAAGGACACCGAAGAAACAUCAGCAUCACCUGAGACUGUCACAACGGCCGAAAACACUGUGGAAAGCACCGAUGCAUUGUUCACGAUCGAGACAAUUGAACAGCAAGCAGGAAGCAUUGAGGAAACUGAGGAAAUUACUACUCCAGCGAUACCGGCAACAACGGAAGGUGACGAAUCAUUCGUGGCAACAACGAGUGAAGCGUCAAGCGACGUAUCUUCACCGCAUAACGAUGAUGAAAUGUUCCUUGUCAAAGCAGUUGGCGAGGAUGGAGUUGGUGUCUCAGAUACUGAGCAGAACAAAUCAACUGAACACGUCAACUCUUCAGAAAUUCCAUCAACAACACAAAUUCCUGAAAAAGCAUUUGCAUCGAGCGAAAUUGGACCACCCGGCACUGCGCCUGAAUCACAGGAAAACACUGUUUUAGCUGUAGAGGAAAUCGAACAAGAAGGCAAGAAUGUUAAGGAUAACACCGGAUAUAACGAGGAAAAUGCUUCAAGCAAUUUUGCAACCACUUCAGAAAUACCGCCAACAGGAGAAACAAUGGCAUCGAGUGUCACAUUCGAACAUGAUUUGAUCACAGAUAUGCCAUCAGAAAAG